AUACUCUACAAAUUUAUCCUUAUUUAUGCUUUAAUAAUUAUAGUUAUUGAGUUUCUAAAGUAAAACUUCUUAAAAUGUGUUUUUAAAUUUCUAUUAGAUUUUAAUUAUCUUACAAUUCAUUGAGAGUUAAAUGUUAAUCGCUAUAAGAACCUUUUAAUAUAUGUAAUUAAAUAUUAAUUGA